AUGUAUUUAAUAUUUGCAUCGUUCAUAAUUUAUGUAUAUUCGUAGUUUACUAAAACUAUUUAAGUCCCUGUUGUAGAUGAGAAUGCAACUAAUACUGUUGCUGAAAACAUUUAAAUUAGAAGUACUAGAAUUUAUUCAGGUUCAUUUAUCAAAUUCAAUAUUAGAUCCAAAUAAAGGAGCAUGUAUGUGUGAUCUUAUUAUUAACAUAUGUGAUUCAUAAUGUUGUUGUGAUGUUAGAUGCUCAGAAACUUUUAUAGAAGAAUGGACAAUUUUAGGAAUAUGUUUGAAUUCAAAUUCAGAAACUGAUUACUUUUAUCCAGAAUGUGGCGAUCUAGUCAAUAAAUAAAAUGUUUUUGAUGACAAAUAUCAUUUCAAUUAAAUUAAUGAUAUAAUGUGUAGUGCAGUCUAAAGAUUACCUUAUGCAGGUGUAUUUGCCAAUAUUGAAGAUACUCAAACUUUAACACCUGAUUACAAAAGCUUUGAUAUUGUAAGUGCAGGAAGCAUACUUUUUACUUUAGUUACUAAUCCUCAAUAUAUUAAUCCUACAUCUUUAUUACCUUAAGGAUAUUAUUCUGGUAAUCCAGGAUAUAUCAAAGGAAAACCUUUAAUGGUUGGUAAAUCUAAUGGAGAUGGUUUUAAUCUUAUUUGGUAUAAAGAAUUAAGAGUUUAUGCUUGGUAAACCAAUGGUUAUUGCAGUACUGGAGCAGCAGAUUAUAAUAAUAAGUUAUAUAAAGUUAUAAAUUUUGGAGAAGAUGUAACAUAUUAAUUAAAUUAGCUUGUAUUAAGUUGUUCACUUGAAGCAACCGUUAGUUUAGGUACAUACUGUUCUAGUGGUGUCAACUAUGAAAUAAUGAAGAGUUUUAAAGAUAACACUGGUAGUUUUUAUUACAUUGGAAAAUGGGGUUCAUCAAGUAAUAACAGAACUGGUGAAUGGAUAUAAAUAAAUACAACAUAAAUAGAAAAUGUUACAUCAUCUUGUACUCUACCUAUAGAAUAAUAAUUAACUAUUAUUUACUAAAAGGCUGGAUUUGUUGGAGAUCUUUAGAAUACUAUUAUCUCGGCCAAUGUAACUAAUAUACCUAUAAAGUAUUAUCUAUUUAUAAUAAAUAGUUAUGCUAGUUAUACUGGUAAUUCAGUAUAAUUGACUUUAAGGGUUAAGUUUAUUGAACUUAUUGAUUCUGAAAUAGAUCCAAAUACUGAAAAAUCUUUACGAGAUACUAUUGUUCCAUAUGUUAAGGUAAGAAUAGGAUUAAAUAUUAUAGAAAAUCUUCUUACCUUUCACAUUUUCAAUGAAUCUAUUUGGUUUUGGAAUGAUUUUAGUUUUCUUAUUUUUAUGA